CCAAAAAAAGUUUCAAAUGGUAAAUUUUGGCCCUCCAUGGUUAGCAAGGAGGAACAAGUGGGACAAUUUUCCUUUUCUUGGUAAUCAUAGCACGAAUAGACUCGGCUUUUGGCUUCAUAAAGCAAUGAAAGAGGAGCCGAUUGAGCCACGGGAUCCAACCAAAGACCCAUCCUGA